UUGGCUACUAGACGCAAAAAUUGCCUUUCAUUCUCAUAAGUGGAGGCGUGAAAAACUUACAAUCGCGCGCAUCAGCUGUCCAGUGUCAGAUGUGUCUUUGAUUUGCCUUAUCAUGGCCUUGAGAUACCUCACUAGAUCAUUUGCGAAUCUCGGUCAAACACAAAUUUGCAACAUGGCCACUAAACUGAGCGCCAUUCGUGCGAAGUAUAAUGAUAGUCACAAUGUUUUCUUGGAGAGUGACAUCGCAGUUAAAGAUCCCUACGCUAUCUUCAAACAAUGGAUGGACAUGGCAAUUGAGCAUCCGAAUAUCAAGGAGCCUAAUGCGGCCGCUCUAGCUACGGUUGAUAAACAAGGCUGUCCCUCCAACCGUUUCGUUCUACUCAAAGACUACUCAACAAAUGGUUUUACAUUUUUCACCAACUAUGAAAGCCGUAAAGCAAAAGACAUAGAAAACAAUCCAAACGUGGCGAUGACUGUCUAUUGGCAACCGUUGCACCGAUCCGUACGUAUAGAAGGUAAAGCUGAAAAAGUUCCAAAAGAAGAGUCCAUAAAGUAUUUUCAUGAGAGGCCACGUGAUAGCCAAAUCAGUGCUAAAGCUAGUCCACAGAGUCAACGAAUCCCAGACAGAGCAACACUCAAAAAUUGGGAGGCAGAAGUGAAGGCACAGUUGAAGGAUGGCGAAGAGGUUCCAACACCGAAUUGGGGUGGAUAUUUGAUUCGUCCUCAUGCAAUUGAGUUCUGGCAAGGCCAGUCAAACAGAUUGCAUGACCGUAUAAGAUUCAUUUGUGGAGAAGAUGCUGAAAAGGAAGUUGAUGGUGUUCUUGUCCACAAGGGUGAAAAUGGUUGGGUGUUUGAACGGCUGGCUCCGUAGUCGCUUCAUGGGUUAUGCAAAAGUGAUCAGCAUUUGUCCUGUAAAAAUGUGCUUCCAUAGGCUAAGUAUGUUUCGUGUAUUCCAGGAGUCGACGGAUUUGUUUAUUGAAUUCUGUUUAUUUUGAUCUUUGUUUUCAAGAUACCAAUAAAUUCAUUCUAUUCGAAUAUUAUCACGUG